GGUACUCAAUAUACUCAUUAGUCAUUACUCAUUACUCGAGUGUCGAGAACUCGAGAACACCAUAUGAUAUAAAUUAUUGUGGUAGAUCGUAGAUAGUUUAAAUAGUUUAAUUACUUGGUUAUUGCUUAUUAGUGCGCAUAAGUACUCUAGUAUGAGAGUAUGGUUUUUGCAAUAAUAUUGUCUUAACUCUUUACUACAAUGAAUACACAUUGAUUAAAAUUAUAAUUCACACCUAAUAGUGUCUUGUGCACCACGAAGCAUGAACCAUGAUAAAUGAUAAUGUAUUAAUGCAGGCAAUACAGUGCAAUUUGUUCACAGUUUUAUGUCUCGAUGGUUUGUAGAUCGCAGUGCACUUAAUAUACUGUUAUCGGAUUUAGGAAUUUAAUCAAGCAUAAGUAUUGAAUCAUUUAAUGUCAGAACUAUCUUAUAAUUAUUAUAAGAAAGUUUAAAAAUACUAUUAAUUUGAGUAAAUUCCAACGUCGGAAUGUCGUUAUUGACUGUUGCGUAUAAUUCUGAAUAAUAUCAUUGUCAAAAGUGCAUGUUUUAAUAAUGUUUAGUGUACUGUGUACAGUAUACUGUAUACCUACCUCGGUGAUAAAAAAUCAUUUAUGAAACUUGUCGCCAUUAAUCAGACUGUUUAGUAGCGGAUGAAAAAUUAAUUUGAUGGUGUUGUGUAGGAAAUUAUAACUUCUCUUUAGGCAUCGUCAUUAUUCAUAACAAGCAUGGCCCCAAACCAGUCCCAGGACAUCUACUAUGAUUAUUUGUACACAAUAAAUCCAAUUGCAGAACGCAUACGCAAGGAUGUUGACGCUACCAAGGAUGCAUAUCAAUCUUUAUGGCUUGAGCUGACUGUUGACGAACAAAACAAAAUACUGGAAGAAUCAAUUAUCAGUCCAGAAACUGUAUUGAAAUAUUCAAAAUACAAAAAAUCAGAUAAAACAAUUUCUGAAGGUGGAUUUUCUUGGUUUACAAGAAGUCAGUUGGAUCUAUGCAAACAUAUUGAUAGUGUCCGAGAGAACUUCACUGCAAAUGAAUGUAAAACAACAGUUGUGAAACGAAUAGUAACCAAAGAACCGCAAGACAAUAAACUCAUCAGUAAAAUAAAAUCUAAUGCUCUGUUCAAAUCACUAAUGCCAACUGAAGACAAAAACAAAGCUGUGAAAAGUGAUAGGACAAAGCCUAAAUGCCCUCCUCCACCACCACCGCCAUCAGAAGUCAUAAAUCCUAAGCAAACAAUUCAAGAUUCGAAAUAUAAUAUUCUUAAUGAUGAUGAAGAUGACGAUGAUAUUCCAAAGACAGGAUUUGAUUUUUUAGAUAAUUGGUAACAAUUUACUAUACUUGUGAACAUAAUACAAAUGAAUGAAUAAUUUCACAAUUUACAAUUUUAUAGCAUUUUAAAAAUAUUUUUAAGAUUUGAAAUGUUGAUAUUAUAUUGGAGUAGCUAGUUACUAGUUGAAUUAUUUAUGUAUCUACACGAUUCUAUACUAUAAUAUUUAUUAAUUUCAAAAUAAUUUAUUAAAUAAUAUAAGAUGAUUAAAAAAUCGGGAUUUAACAUUAACAGAGUUAAAAUAUUAUACCUACAUCCAAUUUUCGAUUUAUAUAGUACUAUAUUAAUAUGAUUUAUUGUUGUUAAAUUCCAAAAAAUACUCUUCCAUGUGCAAACGCUAUGUAUUAAUCAUGUACAUAAUUAUUUUAGUUACCUAUUUGCUUUUAAUUGCAUUUCACAUAAAACUAUUUAUUUUAAUCCUAUAAGCAAGGCGUAUUAUUACAAUAUUUAAAUAUAACAAGCACAAUUUACUUACUCAUUAUUACCCUAUGGCCUAUAUGGUAUAUAGCUAUAUGUAUUAAAAAUUUAUUACAUUACAUAUCAACAUUAAACAUUUCUUUUUGGCCAUAUAAAUAUUUGUUACCGUUGUCUAUUGAUUAUUAUUAAUAAUAAUGUAUACCUAUAAUAUAUUAUGUAAUUUUCCUUUUUUUCAGUUUAGUUUUUUAGUUAAAUAAAGAGUCCAUAAUACCUAA